CCCAUACAUCCUCCUGCCUAAGCAUUCCCGACAUCGCCGUGUACGAUGGCGCCCGACAGAGGAGACCGUGAGCGGCUCCUGAGCAACGACGAAGACGAUGCGCUCGAGCCACAGCAUAGCAUCACGACCGAGCCCAUCGGCCAAGAGCCGGACGCCGACUUCCUCGCACGGCAAUCUGAACAACCACAGUUCACGAUCCGCGCACUCACAGUGGGCAUGCUGAUAGGUGUCCUCAUUGCCUUCUCCAACACGUAUUUUGGCCUCCAGACAGGAUGGAUUUCAGGCAUGGCCAUGCCGAGCGCAUUGAUAGGCUUUGCAUAUUUCAAAGGACUACGCACGAUGUCUCGAGCAAUAGGUGGUCGUAUAGAGAGCCUGGGCCUUGGGAAAGACUUCAGCGAAGUGGAGAAUGUGUUGGUACAAACUGUGGCAGGCUCUGUCGGGACAAUGCCACUGGGCUGUGGCUUUGUUGGAGUCGUGCCUGCAUUGGAGUUUCUGUUGAAGCCCAGUGAGACACCGCCUGAGGCUGUGUAUCAUGCUGGAGCGCAGGGGGCUGGAACUCCUACUGGAGGUAUCCACCUGACUCUCGCCAAGCUCAUCUUAUGGUCCCUAGGGUUAUGCUUCUUCGGAGUUGUCUUUGCUGUUCCUCUGCGCAAGGAAGUCAUCAUUCGGGAGAAGUUGAAGUUUCCCUCCGGCACUGCCACUGCGCUCAUGAUCGGCGUCCUCCACGGGGGUGAGAAGACUGGCGCAGAGGGUGAAGCCGAGGCACAUGCCAAGUUGAGACGGCGAAAGGCUGGAAAAUCUGGCGCCGAUGGUGACGAGGAGACGCAAGGCCUGAUUAGCGAAGGCGCGCAUUCUGACCGGCAUGAACAUGACUUGGAGCCCAUCGCGAGGUCAGAGAGCCGCACUGAUAAGCAGAAGAAGGAUUGGCAACAGCAGAUUCGCUUGCUGACCACCUCUUUUGGCGUGUCUGGCGCAUACACUCUCAUCUCGUAUUUCGUUCCGCAACUUCACUCAAUCCCCUUUCUGGGUCUACAUUUGUCAGAGAAAUGGGUGUGGAACCUCAACCCAAGUCCAGCCUACGUGGGACAAGGCAUCAUCAUGGGUCCAGCAACAACGAUACAUAUGCUGCUCGGCGCUCUACUUGGGUGGGCCGUCCUCUCCCCGAUCGCUAAAUACAAAGGCUGGGCAUCUGGCCCCGUCGAUGACUGGAAUACUGGUUCCAAAGGCUGGAUUGUUUGGAUCAGUCUGGCAAUUAUGCUCGCAGACGCCAUUGUAUCUCUGGGUUGGCUGAUUUUGCGCCCUGCUAUGUGGUAUGCCAGGACUUAUGUUCCGCCAAUUGUCGAAGGGAUCAACCGUAAAGGAAUCAAACGCCAGCUGCGAGAUCUUGCCUCGCCAAUUGUGCGCGGCUACAGCCCAGUGGACCUGUCAGAAGACCCGAGUGACAGUCGUAGCAAAGCGGUGGGAUAUGAGCAGGAGGAAGAGUAUGAUGCCCCGCCUGAACAUCAGAUCGGCGUGAAGACCACUCUCAUUGGACUGAUCUUGACUCUCGGAUUCUGCAUCUUCGCAGUGCAAUACUCGUUUGCGGGCAUCAUAUCGAUUGGUCUUACAGUGUUCGCCCUGCUUUUGGCUAUGAUUCUGAGCAUCAUGGGCGUCAGAGCUCUCGGCGAGACCGAUCUCAAUCCUGUGUCAGGUAUCAGCAAGCUCACACAGCUCAUAUUCGCUGCUGUCGUGCCUGCAACCUCAAAGAACGCCGUCACCGUCAACCUCAUCGCAGGCGGGCUCAGCGAGGCCGGAGCAUUACAAGCCGGAGACUUGUUGCAAGAUCUUAAAUGUGGCCAUUUGCUAGGUGCAUCCCCCAAAGCCCAGUUCUGGGGACAACUGAUCGGUUCCGGCGUUGGGGCUGUCGUAUCAGCCUGUAUUUAUAGGCUGUACACGAACGUAUACACCAUCCCAGGAGGCCAAUUCCAAAUCCCGACCGGCUUUGUGUGGAUCUUCACUGCACGACUCGUCACUGGAAGCGGCCUGCCGCCGAAGACUUUCGAGUUUGCGAUUGCCGCUGCCGUCCUCUGGUCGUUGCUUACUGCGCUACGAAUAUAUGGCCAGAGUAAGAAGGCAUGGUGGACGAGUUACAUCCCUGGAGGUAUUGCAGUUGCCGUCGGAAUGUACAAUACACCUUCCUUCACGCUUGCAAGGACUGUCGGUGGCGUGAUGGCUUGGUAUUGGACUGUUUGGAAGAAAAGAGAGGAGACUCCGAUGAUCGUGCUAGCAAGUGGACUUAUUCUCGGUGAAGGUCUACUGAGUAUCGUGAAUCUGGGGUUGGCAAGUGCGAAGGUGCCGCAUCUGUGAUGGAUUAAAGAGCCAGGCGACUCUGCAACGCAAGGCAACGACUGUCCAUAAUUGGGAAAUCAGACUGACAGCUCGACAAGGUAGUCGCAUUGCUUUGAUUUUGACCGGCAUUAUUGCAGCACUUGCAUGAUCAAAAGUAGACACUGAUCAGGAUCGGCUACCUUACCAUUGUCAAUACCCAAUACCAACGAGACAAUAUGGAUCAAUCAGCUCAGCCAUUUCUUUCACAGGAUGAAUGGGAUGAUCUCAUCGCAGCAUUUUCUGGAACUCCGUGG